GCUUGAAGUUUAUUUGGUAUUUUUGCUCUGGGUUUGUCUCUGACACAGAUCCUGCGAUCCAUUUGCAUUCUAGAUAAUAGGAUUGUCAAUAUUAUGCCGCCUCAGUGUGAUCCUUCAUAUCAUAUGGAUGCAUUGUGCAUGCUCUAUUGGAAGCGCAUAGCUCGAGGCCCCACCGUUCGUGCGGAGCCCCACAAUCAAUAUCUGAUAUCUGACUUGGGGUUUUCUUAUUGCUGGAGGGUUACCGUACUACUGGCUAGCGUGUUAUUGAAGAAGAAACAAGCUAGAUAUGGUGACAAUGGGUGUACCAUGAUAAUUAGUAUCUCGGCCUGGGGUGUCAUGCGGAGAGGUCGAAAAAGAUUCGGCCACUAAAGUCACCUGGAAAUAUAUGGUUGAUCCUGUUGAGUGCGUGUUCAGUUGUAUAGUUGUAUAGAAUACAGCCAUUUGGUUCCUGACGGCGAUAUCUGACAGCACACGAGCUCGGAGAUCUUCACUGAUCGAUCUAAACACAUAUGAGAUCCUAAGAUCUCUGCUGUUAUCUAAAGAUAUUCCACAGUUUGACAGUGAAUUCGAGUAUUGACAGGAGGCGAAGCAGCAUGUUUUGAGAUCGCCACAUUUGUCAUGUAAACCAGGGCUCCACUGUUCCAAAGGCAAAAUAAAAC